CGUGUGCGUGAACGAGAAUGUGUGCGACAGUGUUCAUAAUAAAGUGUGUUGCUCGAAUGUUUUUAAUACGGGUCUUCCAGUGAUAGUUUUAGUGGAGAUGAAUUGCGACACACCAGUAUCGAAAGCAUACGUUAGGAAAUGCAGAAACAGUGUACUUAUAGGCAUACGAAUACGUUAGAACAUCUACGCCCACUUUUAUGAGCAUAAAGUGGUUUUUCGAUCUAUUUUAGAAUCAUUUCUUGUGGCAUAUCUAAAUGAAAGUGUAACGUUUUGCCUUUUGGUUACGUGUGCUUAGAACAACAUGGGCCGUAAACUGCCGUCAGUGUUGUAAACUUUUGACAAGAAACGUGAAGUGUUGUGUAAUUGUGUAACACGGGAAAACGCUGUACAGUUGUCAUUUACAUUUGAGCGUUUUAAAACACAAAUAUAUUAUUAAAUAUUUUCGUGAAGCAUGUUGCGGUCAUGGGUUAAUGAAGCGGUUGGUGUGUUGUGAAGGGAAGUGAACUGUUCAAAAAAUUGUUAAUAAGGUUGUGGUUACUUAAAACAAUAUUUACGAGCCAAUUACCACUAUCAGGCAAAGAAGAGCACAAAGUCUGGAAAAUAGUGAGCUUCUUGCUGUGGUGGUAAUGUGGGAUGGCAACUACCGUGUCACCACCAGAUGGGCCUGCCCAUGUGAACUCACAUUCACAUCAGCGAUCAAGCACACGAGUGUCUCUGCCAGAGAAAGUUUCACAGCUGUAUUACGCCCAUGGACUGUUCUGUGCUAGUCAUCAGUGGCUUGUUUUGGGAUUUGCUGCCAUUGUUGUUUUGUUGUGCUGUUACCCACUGCUGAGUCUACCUUUACCAGGUAAUGUUCCUCAGGCACUAGUAGGAAACAAAACAUUCAUUUCCUCUAAUGUUCAAGCUCCAUUGUCGUCAUCUCAGCAGAACUCUGAACUGCCUCGAUGGUUCUCUGGCACACCAUUACUUUAUGUUCAUCAGGUAAUAGUAAGAUCUGCUGUGUGUCCAUGGGCUGAUGACUUGGUGCUUGCUGAUGGUUUUCGUGCACCUCUUGGAGAAGCUUUCAGAUUGCUUGAUGCUGUUAGAGACUAUCACCACGAGAAUAAUUCAUUGACACUUUCUGAUGUCUGCCUCCACGUGGAAUCUGCUGUGGCAUUGGCGUCAGAGCAUCGAUCAAUGGUGCCAGAGUUUGGAUGCCUAGUUUUGAGUCCUGCUGGCCUUUGGCAUCAUGACCCAGGACGUUAUGCUAAAGAUCCUGCACCACUGAGGACUGUAUUCACAUACCAAGGUGUUCAGCAUGGGAAGGUGAGUCUGUCAGAAGUUCUUCUGGGGCAUUGCGUGAAAGACACUGGAGUUAAGAGGUAUCCACUUCGAAGUCGGCAGAGAGUGCUGCAGUAUGCACUCACCCUAUUUCUUCGUGUUCACAGUCAAGAAUUUCUUGAUGGACUCCACCAGCGUUUGCGGCGAUUGUACCCACUACAUCAAGGAGGUGUUCAAAAUCUGGAUACGACAUACAAAAAUGAAAAUGAUUUGCUGCAUGUGUACUACCCAGGAAAAUUCAGUGCUCGAGCUGUUGCUCCUUUGAUUGCCACUUUGGUAGCCAUUUUUGUUUAUGUCUACUUUUCUUUGCGAAAAGUUGAACUCAUCAAAUCAAAGUUGGGGAUUGCAUUUGCAGUGGUGAUUACAGUUUUGGCAUCUCUCUUAAUGUCUGUGGGUCUUUGCUUCUCUUUUGGCCUGACCCUGUCCAUGAGUGGUCGUGAUUACUAUCCAUAUCUUGUUGUAAUUGUUGGACUGGAAAACGUAAUUAUUCUCACAAAAUCGAUAGUGUCUACUCCACCUCAUCUGGAUGCGAAAAUCCGUGUUGCACAGGGGCUGAGCCGAGAGGGUUGGUCUAUUACAAAGAAUCUUUUAACCGAGGUCACAAUCUUGACUUUCGGGUUAUUCACUUUGGUGCCAGCUAUUCAGGAAUUCUGCAUUUUUGCUGUAGUUGCACUUCUUUCAGAUUUCUUCUUACAGGUUGUAUUUUUUUCGACUGUGUUGGCUGCAGACAUUAGACGAGCAGACUUGAGUGGAUUAGAUGGUUCAUCAGGUGUUAGCAGUACCCCAUACGCAGCUGCAGUUUCGCGAUCUUCUUUCCUGUCCACUGAUGUUGGUGACAGUGUAGCAGAUCGUCGAAGCGGUCUGCAUCGCUCUCGUUCACACCCUCGUUUGGAAUCAACCUCAGCAAGCUAUCCUGCAAGCAUUGUGGCGCCACCAUUGGGAAGAACAUACAAUUCUGCUGCUGUCCUUAUACCAAAGCGACUGCGUGUGGUGCAUUUCUGGGCACGUACUCGAAUCGUUCAGCGUGGCUUUAUGGUGUUCAUGGUUGUAUGGAUAGCCGCAAUUGUGUAUGACUCUGGUAUUAUUGAACAGCUGUUGCCGGAUGGUGGAGGAACAACAUGGCAUCCAACUGACUCUGUUUCUGAUUUCAGUGUUGAAAAUAAGCAAAAAACUGUGGAAAACUCUGUUUACGAUGGGCCCGAGAAAAGAGCCAUACCACCACUUCUCACUGAUUCCAAGGACAAAGGAAGUAAUGGAGGAAAUCAUUACAGUAAUGGGAAUAGUAAUGGGGGUAGUAUACUUUCUGGCCUGCCGUGCCAAAAACUUUUGCCUCAGCCAAGCCGCUGGGAACCUGCCGUUAGUGUCAAAGAAGCUCGUCGUUGGCAGGCUGCACUCCAACUCUACAACAUUUCAGUGAGUGGUCAUUACAUCACCGUUCUUCCACCACUCCACCUAUUGGCUCCAGUGUCUCCUCAAGCAGCUAGAAUAGCUCGUCAUCCUGAUGAUAUUCCGGGAUCUCUCAGUUCUGGAUCUUCAGGAAGUGGACCUCCUGGAUGGGAAACUUUGGCUGCUGCACUUGAUUCAGGGGAUUUCGAUCUGAAUUCUGCUGACCUUAGGCAUGAAGGAUCUGCAAGCUCAGCAUCUCACCAGUCGUCAGCGCCUUUGGUGCCCCAGUCACCUACAGAGCUGUUUUUAACUGCAGUUCUUUGUGCUGUGAGUGUAGCUGUGAUUGCUUACACCACUGCCGUGCUCUAUCGCUGUGUCUGUUCCCGUAAUUAUGCAGAGUGGCGUGCUGGUUGGAGUGGAGAAGGCAGUGGGGCAGCUAAUGAAGGUGACACACAGGUAGUCUUGAGGGAAUCUGUGCCUCUUGCACUUGAGGGUCAUACUCAGCAAGUAGAAUGGAUUGUUGCUGAUGGUGGCAUUAUAGUCAGCUGCUGCUUUGGUGGGGAACUGCGUUCUUGGGAUGGGCUUUCGGGAGAGUUGCUUGCCUUCACAGACAGAGCAAGGUUCUUCUCACACCCACCAAUACACCGUUCAUGUUCAGAGGAGGGUACCCAUUCUGACUAUGAAAGUGGUUCUCCACCCUCACGUGGUGAUGAGCCUUCUUCUGUUAUCACACCAUUGCCAGGAAAUCAGGUGUUACCAUCCUUUCCUGAUUUGAGGCAUGCUAUAUCUGCAAACUUCACAUCUGCUUCUCAUCAGCAGCUUUCCGUAGUGGCACCUCCAGAUCCCAGAACUGGUUUUGACUAUGGAGAGAGGUACCGCUUGCUGUUUGAAGAGUUUAUUUCUCAGCAACGCCAAAAAACUGAACGUACAACGGAUUUUCCAGUUUUACAAGAAAACUGUUCAUUCCGUCCUCCCUUGUCUAACCCAACACCAAUUCCGGGUUCCACCCUCCAUCGAACACUGCCAUCGGCAGAGCCUCCAUCUCCAGUAUCACCCCAUUCAGCCAGUCCAUCAACAGUGUCGUCUCGGCCUCCACCUCCUGUCUGGUGCCUAGAUUGCCGGGACAACUUGGUGGCUGCUGGUUGUGCUGAUGGGAGACUGGAGUUUUGGGAAGCCAAUACUGGUGCAUUUAAGUGUCUGUUUGAUGAUGGCAGUGGAGUGGCAGUCACAGCUGUAAAAGUAAUUGGGAAUCGGGUGGUGGCUGCUCGUUUGAAUGGAGCUCUAGAUUUUCUGGAACUUGAAACUUUUGGGAAAAGUGGCAAACGUCCCCUUGCACUUGAUGGUUGGGGAUUCACCAAUUUUCGGCGCACACAUAUACGAACAGGAAGUGCUGGUUCUGCAGCUGAUAUGAAGUUUAUUGGAUCCAGUGGCAGUGUGCAUGGAAAUACGGGACAGAAAAAUGAAAGUGAAGCUGUAACUGAGGAGGAAGUUCGCUGUUCACGUUUAGUUCAAGCUCGUGCUCACAGGCAACCAAUCACUGCUUUGGACUGUGAAGGAGGUCGUGUUGUAACUGGAGGCCAGGACCAUUGCAUGAAGGUUUUUCGGUUGGAAGAUCAGCGGCCCCUGUACACAUUGCAUGGACAUUGUGGACCUAUUACCUGUGUUUUUAUUGACCGCAUUUCUCCAUUACUUUCUGGUUCUGGCAGCCAAGAUGGACUUCUUUGCGUGUGGGACUUACUGACAGGGACAUGCAUGUAUAGUAUACAAGCACAUGAUGGAGCGGUUUUGUCUUUGACAUACUCAGCAAGUUACGUAAUUAGUCUGGGAUCUGAUGAGAGGCUUUGUGUGUGGGAAAGAUUUCAAGGUCAUCUUCUCAAUACCAUCAAUCUAAGCAACUCCUAUUGUCCAAGUAUUGUUAUGCUUACUCAUAACUUACUUGUCACAAGCAAACAGGAUUCCUUGAUUGUGUGGGAUGUUCGGACAGGUGAACCAGUUCGUGUGGUACGCUUGAGUGGUGGUGGUGCUCUUGUGAAACAGUUAGUGUUGUUGGCCCCAGGUGAUUCAGUAGCGUGUGACUGUGGAAGCCAAGUCCGAGUGGUGCGGUUCCCUCUCGCGUGUGAUAAGACUGAUUAAAUCGUGAGGUCUGCCACAUAACUUUAACUUUAAAAAAAUUGUAAACUAUAGGCAGCUGGAAGUGUAUUACAGGAAAAUUGUCAUCUGCACCCACUAAGUUGCUCCAGAACAUUCUGAGUGGAAAAGCAAGAUUUCAGAAGACACAAAGGGUGAAACUGAUUUUUCCCAGUGUGUGUUAACCUCUGACACAUUCAUGACAGAAUUAUGCUUGUCGCGCAGCUGAUAUCACGUAUACAUGUUUAGGAUGGGAAUGUUUUGUGUUGUGAUCAAGUUAGUCUUUUGUUUUUAUUGUAAUUUGGAAGUGUGUUUCUUAAAUCUAUUUAUAAUUGUGUGAAGAAGUUGUUUGAGUGAGUAUGUUUGUAUCAGCACAUUUUCCAUAUUCAUUUGCAGUUAGCUAAAAUCAGGGCACAUGAUCAUAUUUUUAGAAUAUUAUAGGAUAAGGGUAAGCGACAUGAUGUUUCUGUUGGUUAAAGCAUCAGCAAUGAUGAUUUGAAAGUUGUUGAUUCAAGUAAAGAUAGGCAUUAACAUAUUCCCCAGUGUCAAAUAAGGCAUUCUCUUUUGACAAAGCUUUGUUUGUUCACUCAUGCCAUUUCACUGUGUGGUUUUGAUGGCAUGCAAAUUUUUAGGUCACCAUAACUUGAAGGAUAUGAAUUAAAAUAUAUGAACACUACGGAAUUUCAUCUCACGUCAGGCACACUUUAUCAUUGUGUUGUUCGUUAAACCUUUGGUUACAUGACUUCUACUUAACUAUGUUCCUAAGAUAAUGUAGGGAACUUUAUUAUUGCAGUACAAAAGUUGAAACCUGUGGUUCUCUUUAGAGCAUCUUUUCUGAAAGAAUUUUGCGUUGAAAUGUGAAGAAUCUUGUAUCCCACUCUCCUCCCAUCAUUCAUCUGUUCAUUUCUACAGAAACCUCAGUUUACUAACUUUAUUUUAUUGUUACUUCCAGAUUAAAUUGGCCAUGCCAUAUAUUUUGUUCAUAUAAUUGCUUCUCUCUGGCUUUUUCUUUAUCAUAUUAAAAAAAAUACACUAGACUGAACAUGAGGCACUUGCCCAUGAUUUGAUUCUCUUCUGAUCACAUGUUAGAUAUUGCUGCUUCCCUAUUUUAAUAGUUUUACUGUUUGUGUAAGUCAUCAAUGCCAAAGUGUAUCACUAUUUGAGAAUCCACUGUCUGCAGUUACCAGAAAGUGAAUAUACGUACAAGCUGUUGCUGGAUUUUGUCCAGUUAUCACUAUCCUUAUUUUGCAUUAUAUCCUGUAUAAUAUUUUGUAGUGUAUCUUUCUUUAGUGCAGUUUUAAUUAAUGCUGAUGUUCUGAAGUACACCCAUUCCACACCUUACCAUAGCAUUUCAUUUUGUCUGUCUCCAUUCAUGCAUUAUUGAGAGAGAGAGAGAGAGAGAGAGAGAGAGAAUUUCUUAACUAAUGACUUCAUUUUUAACAUUCUGCAAGUAGUGCCAAAUAUCAAAUGGGGUCAUUAUUUAGUGCUUUAAAUGUGAUGAGUUUCACUUUUUUACUCCUGGGGUGUGAGUCACUAUCUCACAUCAGUUUUUCAGUGUUCUUUAAUUUGUGUGUUGUCUACAGAGUUUUCCACUUUCCUUUUGCUAAACAAAUUGUAAUUUUGAUUUUAGGUAUAUGUAUGUAGUUUAUUUAUUUAUUUUUUUUCUUCCCUCUCGUAGCACAUAACAAUUGGUGUUAGUAAUUCUCUUGUGUUGGUAAAAUUCUAAAUCUUAAUGAGUCAGAACGAAGUGAAAUCCGUUGACUACAUUUUAUAAUGUAUGAUUUUCUGUGAUUCACAGCAAAAGUAAAUCAAAUUUUGGCCAGCAGUAAUACAGUGACGAUUAUGGCCCAGUGAUUUCGAAGUCUUACGCUGCUUCUUUUACACUUCAGUGGAAAUUAGACUAUUUAGAAAAUGUUUUUUGUGAUUAUCAUUUAAAUAUUAUAACAUCUAUAGAUUUACCCAAAACAAUUGCAAUGUCUCAGACACUCUGAACUCGAAUACUUUUACACAUAUUCGUAAAGGGAAAGCUGUAGACAUGGAAAGAGCAUGAGGGGGAGAGUUAUCAUCUCAGAAUCCAGUGGUGAAUGAAGCAAAAGAGGAAAGAAGUAAUAAAUUGGGUGUUACUGGUUUGUUGAUAUUUCUUUUAUUCUUUUUGUAGAACUGUUUUAAGUGCCUUUACUUGUCUGUAUAUUGAUGUUUUAGAUUUUUUUCUAUUUACUUUGUAUUUGAAGUAAGAGAGAGAGAAGAGCAGUUGUUUAUGUGAAAGCUGAAACAUUGAUGUCACCUACAUAUUUAAAGUUUUUCACGUUAAGUCCAUACUUCUGAAUGUGUGUGUUGCAUGAAGUUAAAUUUGAAGGUGACAUAUGAAGUGUUUAUUCAUAUAUGAAUCAUGCCAAAAAGCCAAAGAUGGUAAUAAUCCAUUGUUCUCUCUAUUAUUCUUGUUUUCUUCCCAUUUAUGUUGUAUGAUAAUGAAAUCUAGUGAUUUAAAAAUUUUAUGAUGGUGAUAACUGUAGGAGAAACAUUCACAUAUGUGCUGUAUAUAAUGGUGGUUAUCGAGCAUUUAUAUUGUAGAUUCUGAUUACUUUGUGUAAUGUCUAGCUAUUUUCCACCUUUUGUUUUUAAAUGUAUGACUUUUUGUCAAAAGCUGUGCUUCUUAUUUUCAGAGUAUUUUUAAAAUUCGUUAAGGAAGGCAAUAUGUAACUUGAUGAAAUCAUUAUGAGUUUCCAUUCAGGUGGUUGCAUCGAAAUUCUGGAAUUUAGACAAUCACACGGAUGGAAGCUUGAGAAGUUUUCAAGCGCUGUAUAUGCUGGGAAAGUCUACAUUCACAAAUAUGUCACUUUUUUUCAUGGAUCCAUAAUGAUAUUCUGUUAAUGUCAAGAAUGUCUGUGUUUAUAUAUGCACAAACCUGUGAAAUUUAUAUUGACUUGUGGCCAGUUAUAUGUUUUGUGUGUCUUGAUGUAUGUUUUUUCCCCUCAAAAACAAAGAAAAUAAGAAGUACUAGGUAAUACUUGCCAGAUACUGUCUCUGGUAGUGGACCAAAUUUGGAAAAGCUCCGGAGUACAAAGUGUUAACUGUAAAUUGGAUAAAUUCAAAAUUUUAAUCAGUGCUUCGCAUCAUAAAUCGAAUUUGUUAUUAAGUAUCUGUAGAUCUUGUUAUAUAUACUAAGUGUUGUCAACACAGAAUCUGUUACUUUUUAGAUUCUUUCUGUGCGUGGUAAAACCUGUAUUUUACAUUUUACUUUGUGAGAUGCCAACUUAUGAAAAAAAAAAAUCAGGAGUUGUUUGGUUUCUUGCUUUAUACAAAAAUCUCCAGUAUAUAAUGGAUGGAGAUUGCAGCCAGUUUGUAAGAUAAGUAGUUUUAGCAUGUUUUGAGUCUUAUGAAGACAGAAAUGUGUAAUUUUAUUUUCUUGUGAUGUUUACUUUGAAAGACUGAAGGGACUUAUACAACACUAGUAAAAUAGCUUCAGAUACAUUGGUUUGAGAAAAUUAAGAUCCUGCAAAAGCAGAGGUAGUUACAGAAAAGGUGUUAACUGUGCAAUAUUGAAAAAUUUAAAAUGUGAAUCUCUUGCAAAAAGGGUAAAUCUGGCAUCUUUGCAAUAGACUAGUCAUAUUCUUGCAAUGUGGUUGGCACACCAUCCAUUUAGAAUAUAAAAGACUGUUAAGGGAGGAAAGAAUGUGAUUCUGUAUUACUUGUUACUGCUUACUGCAGACAUGGCAAGACAAAAUCUGUGCUGUUUGUAUGUAGUAAAAAAAGUACAAAUUUUUGUGAUACAGACACCAAAUGUGGGGUGUAAGAUGUUUGACAAUCAAACUGCUAACAUACGGGCAAUAUCAGAAUGAGAUAAUGUAAAAUCCAGGUCUUACUUUAAUAUUUAUUUCUGUUAAAUCAUCAUUACUUUCAUAUUAAACAUUUUUAUAGCUGUCUGUAUGGAAACAGAAUGUGUGUACGCUUCUUCUUUGCAAGAUAAAACACAUCCGAGUUGAUUUAUUUGAUGUGGGCAGGAACUUUCAAUACGUUAUAGUCUUAUCCAUCAGCUGGUUUUCUCUAUUCUGAAGUUACUUUCUAACUAACAUCAUUGCCUCGAAUUCCUGCAAAAUAUGUAACAUAAGGUAUCUUUCUUCAAGACUUCCUAUCCAUUAAGUUAGUUUCUUUUCUUUCUGUCUUCCUUCCUUCUUUCCUUUCUUUUUUUAGAAAGUAAAUCUUAUUCUCUGGGAGGAAUCUUGCGCCCCAUUAAAAUAAUUAAAGAACUUGGGUAACUGAUGUCAGAUUAACAUUACUGAACAUGAAACUCUCCAUUUAUCAACUAUCCAAGUGAAAGACUGUUCUGCACGUCAUUGCGUGCAAUUUUAUUGGCUGUGCUACAGAAAGAUGUGGGCUGAUGCUGAUACACAGAAUGCAUGUAUCAGUUUAUAAUAAUUUUCUGUAGUGGUUGCUACAUUUGAUUUCAAAUGGAAUAUAAUGCAUUUAUUUCGCAUACAAAUAUUUAAGCACAGCACACCUUUGCUACACCCCCUGCCCUGUGUAUAUCCUCUGUGUGUGUGUGUGUGUGUGUGUGUGUGUGUGUGUGUUCACCCAUGUGUGCUGCAUAUGCAUGUUGUUAAAUGUGUUAAAGAAUUGUUAUUCUUGUUAAGACUGGAGAAUCAUCCCAGAUAGCGGAUGGAAGAUAAAUAUUGUAAAUUAAAUUAUAUAUUUUUAAAGUUGGACUGCUGAUGCAUAGGAGGCUACUGUUUUAGUACUAAAUUUAUUUAUAACAUUUAAAUGAAUUGAAUUGAUGACUUAAGGAGAAGAAAGGU